GAGAAGAUGCCUGGGAAGCCAUCAGAGGAGAAACAGGUGGAGAUGGGGGCUGUGGAGAACGGUGCUGGGGAGGACCUGGGGGGCCUCACGGCAGAGGAGCUGCGGCAGGGCCAGGAAGCGGCCCUGGCACUGGAGGACAUGAUGGCGCUGAGCGCCCAGACCCUGGUCCAGGCCGAGGUGGACGAGCUCUACCAGCAUGUGCGUCCCCUGGGCCAGGGUCGCUUUGGCCGGGUCCUGCUGGUCACCCACCGUCAGAAAGGCACAACCUUUGCCCUGAAGCAGCUCCCGAAGGCCUCCACCACCCUCCGAGGCUUCCUGUAUGAGUUUUGUGUGGGCCUCUCCCUGGGCUCGCACUCGGCCAUCGUGGCGGCCUACGGCAUUGGCGUGGAGUCAGUCGACUCCUACAGCUUCCUGACCGAGCCUGUCCUGCAUGGAGACCUCAUCGCCUUCAUCCAGCCCAAGGUGGGCCUCCUGCAGCCAGCAGCCCAGCGCUGUGCGGCCCAGCUGGCCUCAGCCCUGGAGCACAUCCACUCCCGCGGCCUGGUGUACCGGGACCUCAAGCCGGAGAACGUGCUGGUGUGCGACCCAGCCUGCCGGUGGGUCAAGCUUACCGACUUCGGCCACACGCGGCCCCGCGGGACCCUGCUGCGCCUGGUGGGGCCGCCCAUACCCUACACGGCCCCGGAGCUCUGUGGCCCCCCGCCCCUCCCUGAGGGCCUGCCCAUCCAGCCCGCCCUGGACGCUUGGGCACUGGGCGUCCUGCUCUUCUGCCUUCUCACUGGCUACUUCCCCUGGGACCAGCCCCUGGUGGAGGCCGACCCCUUCUAUGAGGACUACGUCAUCUGGCAGGCCUCAGGCCAGCCCCAGGCCCGUCCUCAGCCCUGGCAUGGCCUGACACCCGUGGCAGAUGCUCUCCUGUGGGGGCUGCUGGACCCUCACCCCCGAAGGAGAAGCCCCGUGAGCUCCAUCCGGGACUACCUGGGGCGGCCCUGGAGGCAGCGGGAGGGGGAGGCCGAGGAGGUGCCCCAGGGGGAGAAGGGGGACCCAGAGUGA